CCACAGACCAGUUAUUUAUUUUCCAUUUAUUUCCCAUUCUUCCCCCUUUAAAUCUCUUUUUUUAUUUGGGAGGCUAGAUAAUCUAGUCAUCAGAAAAGAGAACUAAGACUUGUAGGUGCUUGACUUAUUGUUUUGCUGCAUGACAUAUGCCAGGAGUAUCCUCUUCUUGGUGGUGGAAGGGGUGGAGAAAAGGUUUGCAUCCGUGUCUAAGUGUUGCAGAAAAACCUGACAGGCACAGACACACCUACUUGGAAACUGCUUCCCUAGCAGUGGGAGGAAACCAGAACUGGAGGUGCCCUCCUUUUCUGGGUAGGAGUCAGCUAAUAGCCAUCCAAGGUGUGCAGGAGUGCAUUCACUCUGCACAGGAAAGAUCAGAGAAGUCCAGAGCCUUGCCUGCUUGUAAGUACCCACUUAUGGCUAGGGGGAAGUUUCCUAACUGUUUAGGAUUGCAAAGUUUGAUUAUAUAAUGCUCUCAUUCAUUUAAGAAAUGACUCAAGAAAGGAGAGAGGUCAGCCUUUGAAAAAAUGCAAUAUGAUUUUCCAUUUACGUAUUUAUCUUUAAAAUGAGAUAAAGAGCAAAACCUCUGGAGUAACGUGCUUCAGGAAGGUCUUAUUGGCUGUUGGCUUUGCAGGUGAUCCUGCUGGAGAAGGUGGAGUAUGGUGAGCUGCUUGCUAAGGACAGCCAGGCAACACCAUGUCUGUGAAGAUGUGCUCCACCUUCUCCUCUGAGCAUUCCAGCUCCUUCUGCUGAAAGAGCUGAGCUUGCCGUUUGGAUAUCUUAGACUCCUGGCCCCCGAGAGACGCCUCUAAGGACAAGCUGACCUUGAAUUGGGAACUUUCUUAUCCAGAUCCUCAUAGGCUUUGUCUACUCUGGAUUGCUUGUUGCAACAAUUCUUAGGAAGCAAGAUUGUCUUCUGUAUCAGCAUCUGCCUGUGUUUGCUUUUACCUACUCUGAAUAAGACCCAGUGAGGCCCCAGCCCUGUUGGUCCUGAAAACCCUGAACCCUGAGGCUGUUUCUCCUGUCUCCAAAAUGCGUUUAUAGAAAAUAAGAGGCACAGAAACAGUGAAAACAACCAAAAGGAGAAACAAGAAAACCUAAAAUUUUCAAUAUUCAAAAAUACCUGUUGUGGUUGAUGCAGAGAACACUGAGUUCAUCAGAGAGCUUUGUAAGUUUUGACCAGAAAAUACCUUUGCUACAGGAACUGAUAUGUUUUGUCUUUCUGGCCUAGUCAAGGGAAGAUAAGUAAGUAUCUGGGGCAUGGAAGGAAUGCACUCUUAGGCCGUUUUGCUUGUAUCUGACUCACUCCUGACUCUCCAGUGAAGCAGAAAGAAAGAAACAUCAUACCACCCAGGUGUGGCCAGACUUUGACCAUUAUUGUGAAUCCCCAAGCGUUACCAUAGUUCCUUCUCAAAUAUACAUUUAAUCUUGUGGUUCAGAUAAACUUUUGGCUCACAUCUAGGCCUAUCAUAAAGAACACUGUAGAAGAAAAGACAUGAUGAGGCGGGAAGAGGAGGAAGAGGAGGGAACCAUGAUGAAGGCAAAAGGAGACUUAGAGAUGAAGGAGGAGGAAGAGAUUAGUGAGACAGGAGAAGUGGUUGGCCCUUUUGUGAGUGCGAUGCCCACUCCAAUGCCCCACAACAAGGGGACCCGGUUCUCUGAGGCAUGGGAGUAUUUCCACCUGGCUCCUGCUCGUGCUGGGCACCAUCCCAACCAAUAUGCCACCUGCCGCCUGUGUGGCAGGCAGGUGAGCCGUGGCCCUGGGGUUAAUGUGGGCACCACAGCCCUGUGGAAGCAUCUGAAAAGCAUGCACAAGGAGGAGCUGGAGAAGUGCGGCCAUGGUCAGACUGGUCAGCGCCCAGAUCCAAGGCCCCACAGGCCCCAGCUCCCCACAGGUGUUGAAGGUGACUGGGGCAGGCUCCUGGAGCAGGUGGGUGCCAUGGCUUUGUGGGCCAGCCAAAGGGAAAAGGAGGUGCUUAGGAGGGAAAGGGCAGUAGAGUGGCGGGAGAGGGCUGUGGAAAGAAGGGAGCGAGCUCUGGAGGAGGUGGAAAGGGCCAUCCUGGAGAUGAAGUGGAAGGUGAGGGCUGAGAAGGAGGCAUGCCAGCAGGAUAAAGAGCUGCCUGCAGCAGUACAUCCCUUCCAUUUUGUUUAAAUUGGGCUUGGAGCAUCAAUUCUGCAAACAUUGACUGCAGAGUUGUAGAAAAGAGCCAUUUUAGUUUCAACUCAAAUGUAAAGCAAAGUAGGUUAGUGACAUUUUGCUUUUAUGUGAAAUAGUGCACAGUAUGAAUUAAUCUGAGCAGGUCUGAAUUGACCAAAUGCUUAUCUACAUGGUUCCUAGAGCUGUGCUAACCCUUGGCCGAAACUCUAAAAUGUACUGAAGAUAAAGGCUUUUACCGAAGUAAAACUCUGAGUCGUUUCAGGGCAGAAUAUACCAGGCAGUCAGCAUUGUUUAACAAAAUAAUCAGAUUUUUGCCUAGCACUCAGUUUUGGUGGAGCUGAAGAUUUUGAUGGGCUGAGGGUGGUUAGGUAGCUGGAAUAUGCCUAUGUGACCAGCUCACUUGCAGAUAUCCUGCCAGAAGCAGAGCUUAAUCUUCCUUGGACUGAGGUCAUAGCACAUAUACUGGUGCUAUGACCAGUAUGAACCACCAGUAUGAAUACAAAACUUGUUCUGUGUGACCCAGCACGUAGAAGGACAAAGAAGUGUGAGCCUGAGAUCUUUGGACCCUUCCAAUGCAUAUCUUUCUCCUGUUUUUGCUGUGAUGUGCUGUCUUGCUUAUAUUAAAGCUGUUUCAUCAGUAUAA